UCUGUGCCGGGAACCACACGACACUUAUUUUUAUGUAGAUAAAAACAAUAGGUACCUAUUUUCUAUCAUCACUGGAAUGUGUUGGGCGUUAUCAUUGUUGACUCAGUAUCAAAUCAACCUUUCGCCGAAAUGGCGGAAUUGUUAUUUUUUAUUAUAAGUGCUUUUAUAUUAAGUGUUGAUAGUGCAAGAAUAUUAGCAGUGUUUCCGAUGCCGUCUAUUAGUCACCAAGUAGUGUUUAGACCUUUAGUUCUAGAAUUAGUUAAACGCGGUCAUGAUGUUGUUUUAAUUACUCCAGAUCCAAGUUUUCCUAAAGGAGGUGGGCCUAUCAAUUUAACAGAAAUAGAUAUGCAUGACAUAGCAUAUAAACCUUGGAUCGAAUACCUUCCAGAAGAAUACAAAGAUAAGUUGAUGUCUAUUCAUACAUUGAGUAUUAAAUCUACGUUAGAAAUAACCGCACUUAUAAACACAAAAGUUGUAGAAGUCCAACUUCUAUCGGAACUAGUUCAAGAGUUAAUAAAUGAUAAAACGCAGCAUUUUGAUCUAUUGCUUGUUGAAGCUUGCCUAAGACCAACAUUAGUAUUCUCACAUAUUUUUAAAGCACCAGUUAUCCAAGUCAGUUCUGCUGGUCCCAUUCCAUACAAUUUGCAAACAGUCGGAGCCCCGAUGCAUCCAAUUCUUUAUCCGUUUGCAUACAGCAAGAAGCUUUCAAAUUUAACGCUCUAUGAUAAGUAUAUGGAACUUUAUAACUUUUUGAUAAACCAAUAUGUGACGUAUAGGAAUGAAAAAAUCGAAAAUGACAUGCUUAGAAGGACCUUAGGUUCGGAUGUGCCUACAGUGAGUGAGCUGUCUGAGAAUGUAGAUAUGUUGUUUUUAAAUGUUCAUUCUCUUUGGGAAUCAAAUAGGCCAGUGCCACCAAAUGUUUUAUAUUUGGGAGCUUUGCAUAUAAAGCAAGAGAAAGAGUUACCAAAGGACCUUAAAUCUUAUUUAGACUCUUCAAAAAAUGGCGUAAUAUAUAUGAGCUUUGGUACAAAUGUAGAUCCUUCAAUGAUUCCGCCGCAAGUGAUUUCGUCAUUUGUCGAUGUGUUCGCUGAGUUGCGCUAUAACGUUUUGUGGAAAUGGCAUACUGAAGAUGUACCUAGGCUACCAAAAAAUGUUAAAAUUUCAAAGUGGCUCCCCCAAAGAGAUCUUUUAAUGCAUCCAAACGUGAAAUUAUUUAUAACCCAGGGUGGUCUUCAAUCUACUGAUGAGGCUAUAGCAGCUGCAGUGCCUCUUAUCGGAAUACCAAUGCUUGGGGAUCAAUGGUAUAACGUCGAAAAAUAUGUUCAUCAUGGUAUUGGUGUGAGACUAGAUAUUGAAACUAUUGAUGCUGACAAAUUUAAGGACGCCAUUGAUACUGUCAUUAAUGAUAAAAGUUACCUCGACAAUAUACGAAAGCUGAAAUCACUAAUGUAUGACCAACCUCAAACGCCAUUAGAAAAGGCUGUAUGGUGGACUGAGUACGUUUUAAGACACGGAGGGCGCCAUCUACGUUCGCCGGCCGCAAACCUACCUUGGACUGUAUACUAUGAAAUAGAACUACUGUUUUAUUUACUCCUCUUUGUGAUUGGGGCGCGCUUUUUAUUAGUAUAUUUAUUGUUUAGGUUGUAUAAAUUUGUUAGAGGUUGGCUGAGUAAAAGGAAAUUAAAGACAAAUUAAUAAACUUACUAUUAA